AGCGCAGGAGGGGAGUCGCUGCGCAGCAGAGAGGCGGUGCGCCCGGACGCACACAGAGCACACCUUCAGAUGGAGAUGAAGUAGCAGCAGCAGCAGCAGCAGCAGUCGACCGACAGAGAAGCUACAGCCCCGUACUGCGGAUCUGAAGGUUUGCUUCGGUGGGGAGGCAGACAGGUGACAGAGCAAACCGAGCCGGACUGGUCCGCUGGAGAUUCCUGCGUCUGACUCUUCUAUCCUCCCUAAGACUCACUCAGAUUUCCCAAAUACAUGCAUUUCUGUACUACAUGCCCUCAAAUUUGAUCGGUUAAGCCCAGUGCACCAAAAUGGAAAAUGCGCACACUAAAUCAGCAGCUGAAGUUUUACACCACUUCGGUGUGAACGAGAACACCGGGCUGACCCAGGAGCAGGUCAAAGUCGGGUUGGAACGAUAUGGACCGAACGAGCUCCCAGCUGAAGAAGGAAAGUCUCUGUGGGAGUUGGUGGUGGAGCAGUUCGAAGACCUCCUGGUCAGGAUCCUGCUGCUGGCUGCCUGUGUUUCUUUUGUCUUGGCUCUGUUCGAAGAUGGAGAGGAGACAACCACCGCCUUCGUCGAGCCUGUUGUUAUUCUUCUCAUCCUCAUUGCCAACGCUGUUAUUGGGGUCUGGCAGGAGCGAAAUGCUGAGAAUGCCAUUGAGGCCCUGAAGGAAUAUGAACCAGAGAUGGGAAAGGUUUACAGGAUGAAUCGCACGGCCGUCCAGAGGAUCAAAGCCAGGGACAUUGUCCCAGGAGACAUCGUGGAGGUGGCAGUUGGUGAUAAGGUACCAGCAGACAUCAGAGUGACCUCCAUCAAGUCCACCACCCUUCGAGUGGACCAGUCCAUUCUCACAGGGGAGUCUGUGUCUGUGAUCAAGCACACCGACCCAGUUCCUGACCCCAGAGCUGUGAACCAGGACAAGAAGAACAUGCUGUUUUCUGGCACCAACAUCGCUGCCGGCCGUGCCAUCGGCGUCGUGGUCGCCACCGGCGUUAACUCAGAAAUUGGUAAAAUUCGCAAUCAAAUGGCGUCUACGGAGCAGGAGAAGACGCCUCUGCAGCAGAAGCUGGACGAGUUCGGACAGCAACUCUCCAAGGUCAUUUCCCUGGUGUGCGUUGCCGUGUGGGUCAUCAACAUCGGCCACUUCGGAGACCCCGUCCACGGCGGCUCCUGGGUGAGAGGGGCGAUCUACUACUUUAAGAUCGCAGUAGCUCUGGCCGUGGCUGCCAUCCCUGAAGGGUUGCCCGCUGUCAUCACCACCUGCCUGGCCCUCGGCACGCGUCGCAUGGCCAAGAAGAACGCCAUUGUCCGCAGCCUCCCCUCUGUUGAGACUUUGGGCUGUACCUCCGUUAUCUGCUCUGACAAGACGGGCACUCUCACCACCAACCAGAUGUCCGUUUGCAGGGUGUUUGUAGUCGACAAGGUAGAGAGUUCAACCUGCAGCCUUCAUGAGUUUUCUGUGACUGGAUCGACUUAUGCCCCCGAGGGAGAAAUAUUAAAAGGAGACAAACCAGUUCAGUGUGGAGACUAUGAUGGACUUUUGGAGCUGGCUACAGUGUGCUCCAUGUGCAACGACUCCUCCUUGGACUACAAUGAGGCAAAAGGAGUCUAUGAGAAGGUGGGUGAGGCCACAGAAACCGCUCUCACCACGCUGGUGGAGAAGAUGAAUGUCUUCAAGACUGACCUAUCUGGUCUCAGCAAAGUGGAACGUGCCGGGGCCUGCAACUCGGUGAUCAGACAGUUGAUGAAGAAAGAGUUCACCCUGGAGUUCUCUCGUGACCGUAAAUCCAUGUCUGUCUACUGCACGCCAGUGAAGCCAGGCUCCCAGAGCAACCUGUUUGUGAAGGGCGCUCCAGAGAGUGUCAUCGAACGCUGUCAGUACCUACGUGUAGGAAAAGGGAAGGUGGCGCUCACGACGGCUCUUCGUGACCAGCUGCUGUGUAAGAUCAGGGAGUGGGGGACGGGCAGGGACACUCUGCGCUGUCUGGCUCUGGCUACUCAUGACUCACCCCCCCGUAAAGAGGUCAUGGACUUGGAGAAUUCCAGCAAGUUUGCAGAAUAUGAGGUGGGUCUCACAUUUGUUGGCUGUGUGGGCAUGCUUGACCCGCCCAGGAAGGAGGUUAUCGGCGCAGUGAAACUGUGCAACGAAGCGGGCAUUCGUGUUAUCAUGAUCACAGGAGACAACAAGGGCACGGCCGUGGCCAUCUGUAGACGAAUCGGCAUCUUCGGAGAGGAGGACGAUGUCACUGGAAAGGCCUACACUGGACGAGAGUUUGACGACCUCUCGCCGGAGGAGCAGAGGGACGCCGUCAAGCGGGCGCGAUGCUUCGCCCGUGUAGAACCGGCUCACAAGUCUAAGAUUGUUGGAUAUCUCCAGUCAUUUGAUGAGAUUACUGCCAUGACAGGAGAUGGCGUGAAUGAUGCUCCAGCCCUGAAGAAAGCAGAGAUCGGCAUCGCCAUGGGCUCCGGAACGGCUGUGGCCAAGUCUGCGUCUGAGAUGGUUCUCUCCGACGAUAACUUCUCUACCAUCGUCGCUGCAGUGGAGGAGGGGAGAGCCAUCUACAACAACAUGAAACAGUUCAUCAGAUACCUCAUCUCCUCUAAUGUUGGGGAGGUCGUCUGCAUCUUCCUUACAGCCAUCCUCGGUCUUCCUGAAGCCUUAAUUCCGGUCCAGCUGCUGUGGGUUAAUCUGGUGACAGACGGACUUCCUGCCACCGCCCUGGGCUUCAACCCUCCAGACCUGGACAUCAUGGACAAACCUCCACGCAACCCAAAAGAACCUCUCAUCUCUGGCUGGCUCUUCUUCCGAUAUCUGGCCAUCGGAGGGUAUGUGGGACUGGGAACAGUGAGUGCUGCCACCUGGUGGUAUCUUUUUGAUGAAGAAGGUCCACAAGUGUCUUUCUAUCAGCUGAGUCAUUUCAUGCAGUGUACUGAGGACAACCCCAUCUUCAAAGACAUAGACUGUGAGGUGUUUGAAUCCCGCUAUCCCACAACCAUGGCUCUUUCUGUGCUGGUUACUAUUGAGAUGUUCAACGCGCUCAACAGUUUGUCCGAGAACCAGUCUUUGCUCCGGAUGCCUCCGUGGGUCAAUAUCUGGCUGCUGGGAGCCAUGGUCCUCUCUCUCUCCCUCCACUUCCUUAUCCUCUACGUUGAGCCUCUUCCAUUGAUCUUCCAGGUCACCCCUCUGCACUGUUCCCAGUGGAUUAUCGUCUUAAAAAUAUCAUUUCCAGUCAUCUUGCUGGAUGAGACUCUGAAGUACAUCUCCAGGAACCAUCUCGAAGCCUAAACCUUUCUUUCUAUCUCACCUUCUGUGAAUAAGUUGAUGAUGAGAUGAAAUAUCGGAGGAGAUGGCAGCAGAACUAAGACGUCUGGCUCAACACCCAAAGUUAGAUUCACGUCUACCCUCUCCCUUUUAGGAGCUUGGACCAUUCUCUCUUCGCUUGUCCUCAUUCUCCGCUCCCGCAUGUCCAACAAAACACCACUAAGAAUGAGCACGGUGUGUAUGAGAAUGAGAAUGAGAGAGGGAGAGCAGAUGAGUGGUCUUGUGUGUGUGUGUGUGUGUGUGUGUGUGUGUGUGGACAGACCAGUGCACGGUUUCACAGGUGCAGUAGUAAGAAAGAGCUGCAAAACAAAACAAGAAAAAGAUGAAACCAUCCAGUUUUUUUUCUGUUCUUGUCUGUACUGUGAAAACCUGAGAGUGCAGUCACUGGAUGUUAGGGAUGGAUGGAUGGAUGGAUGGAUGGAUGGAUGGAGAUAAAUGGGAAAUGGAAGUUGAUGUUGUUAGGUGAAGGGUGAACGAUCAGUUUCAGAGAGAUUAAACUCAGUGUAAGAAAGAGACCAGUGAACACACCUGUGAAAGAAGAGCAUCUUCAAGAAUGUUGAAUUUGAAAAAGAGUGGUCUCUUUAGGUGGUGUGUGUGUGUGUGUGUGUGUGUGUGUUAAAUCAGUGCACAGGAUCAGUAUGUCUUUGUGUUUUGCCCACAAGAACAUGAUCUCUGCAGCAACAUAUCCUCAUCAGCCCUGCUCCUGUUCAUUGUGCAGCAUUACUUUGAUUUUUGCCUGGAAUGUUCCAUCCCCCUCUAUCGCCCUCCUUCACUCUGAGGCAGCUGCAGCUGCCGGUGGUUGAGGAGUUUCCUGGCUCUUGACGUGUGUCGUGGAGGUGUUGCUCCCCCUCACACACACACACACACACCUCAUGGAGUGAAUAGCUUUACGCUGCUUGGCUGCUUCUUUCUGUUAUAUUUCGAGGAGUUGAGGUCAGCUCAGCAACUAAACCAGCAUAUUACCUGUACAGUUGUCAGCCUGGUAUGUUCAACCUUAAUUAAAUGCCCAUCUGCUGUGCUUGGAUUUGAUCUAAUCUGUGGAGAAUAAACAGCUGAAGGGUUCAUUCUGUUCAUCACUAAUAAUUAUUUUAAGUCCUAAUUAGGUGUCUGUGCGUCGCUUCUGCACAUCCUGAAAAAUCGAAAAUAGUCUUUUCACCCUCUUAGUCAUCAGAUAAUGACAAGUUAUAUAAAGUUAAAAAAUGACAUUUGAGUGUCACGUUUGAUCCUGAAUCUCAUAUAUUCACACGUUUCACAUCCCUGCCUUACACGGCCCACAGCAUAUCUGUAAUGAAUGUAUUUCUGCCCUAGCCUUCACCACUUCACCCAUCGCCACCGCUCUCAUACAUACAUACAUGCAUACAUACAUACAUACAUGCAUGCAUGCCCUGACAGCGAUAAUAACCUCUGAAUGUCCGCCCGGGCCGCGCCCUGUUUCUUAGGAAAGCCUUUCUGUUACAUCUGCUCCCUCGGCUCCUCCAGCUCUUUAGUGUGACUGUCCCGGGUUAUUGUUUUGUAAUAAAUAAAUGAUGAUUUAUGUGACUGAAAGAACCCAUGGGGUUUUUGAUUGUGUAUUCAAAUCUUAUUUAGACAUUAGGCACUGGACCUUGGUGCUCUGUGGACAGGGUCAGGGAUGUUUUUGGUCUCAUUGCCUUCAUGCAGGAGAGCAGAGGGUGUGCACAAAAAAAAAUACAUUUGUAAAGGUGCUGGAUAUUCAUGAGAAUUAAACAAUGUCCAUACUGUUCUGUCAGCAAGUAUUUUAUACUGUUACUUAUAUAACUGACUCACAAACUAGCUAAAACAAAAUAUAUAAAUACAUAUAAAUAUAUAUGUGUAUAUAUGUAGAUGUAUAUACACAUAUAUAAACAUGUAUAUAGUUUGUUGGGUAAAUACAGAGCAGUUUUAAAGCAAAAUGACCAUUAACGAUAUUUGUAUUUCUUUGAUUUUGAUAAACAUUUAAAAAGAGUCAAAGCUACUGUCAGUGCGUCACCUGCUCUCAUGUGCUCCAACUGUAGUUUCUCAUAUUUCUUGUUGUGAGGAAUAAAAACAAACAUUCGUGGCAGUGUUGCUUUCCUGCAGCUUAGAUGCCUUAUGUAGAUUUGUUGGUUUCUUAACUUAAUUAACCUUCCGACGCGGUGUGAAAGCGUACGUCAUUUUACUUUCUUUUCAAGCUUCAGUGUAAUAUUUCAACAAGUGGAACUGACUUCUCUAGAGCGACCUAGUGUGGAAAUGUAAGAUAAAUCCCAUAUUUAAAUCACGGAGAGUAAACCCGAUACCUUCAGAGCACCACAUUCUGUAGUGAUCCACCGUUCAGUUUAUUUUCCUCUCACAUCAGAGGUUUUCUUGCCAAAUCUGAAUGGUAUGAUAUGAUCAUGUCCAGACAUUUCCUGUUCUUUUUACACAAACUUUGUUUUUCUAAUUUUGAGUCAAAUUCAGGUUUGUUUGUUUUUUUGUGAAUCCUAAAUCAAUCAAUCAACACAUUAGUUAAGGUGAGGACAAAAUAUCAGUUUAACUUUUCCUUAAACAUGGGUUAUAAGUAUACCUGACGUUGGCAGUAUGUUCAGCAAUUUCUUUAAAUAAUAUAUAUAUAUAUCUUUUCUAAUUCUAUGACAAUAAAACACCACUGUUCAGGCCAGCAGACCACUUGUACCCACCCGAGAUCCUCAUGACCCUUAACAAUCUGGUUGUAAAGGUCUGACCCUUGAUAUUUACUACUGAAAUUUCAACUUUGUACAGAAGAGGAAAAAAUGAGCGCAUGAAUCCCUGUUACUGUCCUGAUAACCUGUACCGUAUAUAAUAUUUUAUUUGAUAACUUACAUAGACAAAGUCAACUUACCAACAAAAGGUUCUGCAACUUUUGUUUUAGUUUUUCAUUUGAGCACGCUCUCUUUCUUUGAUUCUGCGUAGAAUACUAAGGAUGUUUCUUUAUGUUUUCCAUUGGAUUUGACAGUUACUGGGUUUUUGUGUUUUUGGUAAAGAAUAUGAUACAAUAAAGUCAACACAUUAAAGACAAGAAUCGUACGCACGCUAAUGAUGACGCUGAUCAUGUCAGUGUGAGAACGUUCACAGAUUUGUGAAUGAACUGUGUCUGGUUUGAACUGAACCUGAAGCAGUGAUGAAUCCUGGCUUAUGAAGUUUUAUGACUGUACAUUGAAGGGCUUGGUGCGGAUGCAGACUCUGGAGACCCGUGACAAUCUAUCUUGUUUUCAGUCAGCUACAACCUCUAAAUUAGACCGACGCAUUCAUCGGUUUCAUAUCAGUAAUAUGUGACUAAUGGAUUUUUGUCUACCUGUGUAGACAAGUCUCUAGAGCCUGCCUCCCACUUGUGAGAAAUUAAAAUUAUUCUCUGUAUUGCCUUGUUAAUAUUAAUUGUGGAAACUUAAUUUUAUAAAUGACAAAGAUGUGGAAAUAAAGAUUAUUUAUCUUGUUAUUUAUUCA